GACAGACCAGAGCACUCAGCACAGCCCAGCACGACGCAGGCACCAGGCCGUAUACAUACUCCCCUCCAGCCAGCUCUGGACACUUGGCCUUUGGUCUGAAGCCCAUUUCGGUGCCUGCCUGUCAACCCCACCCACCCCAAGCGUUGACUCAUGACGGAGGCAGCCAUGCCAUGGUGAUGGUAGCCAGCGCCUGUUAUUUGUAUUGAGGCUUUGGGACAGCUCCUCUACUGCACGGCAUAUCCAGACUCACCACACCAACCACAUUCACAAUGGCCUCUACAGAUUCUCAGCAGUCCUCGACGCCACUCGUCAAAUUCGAGGCGUCACCUGUCGAGUCCCUCCUCUCAGUCCCCGGCGAUAUCUACCCUUCGCUGUUUGACAACACCAUGGACGAUUCAAGUGUCAUGGACCCACUGGAGGGUGUUCUCACCCCAGCCUCCACCAUGGAGAAUGCAGAGGAGACACCCGCGCCCGAGUCGGCCGGCGACAAGAAGCCCGUAAAGAAGCGGAAGUCGUGGGGUCAAGUUCUCCCAGAGCCCAAGACCAAUCUGCCCCCCAGGAAACGCGCCAAGACGGAAGAUGAGAAGGAGCAGCGCCGUGUCGAGCGUGUCCUGCGAAACCGUCGCGCCGCCCAGUCCUCUCGAGAGCGUAAGCGCCAAGAGGUUGAGGCCCUGGAGGAACGGUGCAAGCAACUGGAAGAGGCGCUUCGGGAGCGGAACAACACUGUUGACCUCUUGAUGGACGAGAUGCAGCGCCUCCGGGGCCAACCCGGUCGGAGCUCCUCUCCUCUCAACGCCUACCACAACCAACCCUCCCCCCUUUCUCUGUCCAAGCCCCUUUUCGGCUCCGAUGGAUCGGAGCAGAUGGAUGACUUCAUCCUGAUGCCCGAAAACAAUGGCACUGUCAACCCCGCGUCUCUCUCCCCCGAGAUGACACCCGUACCCGAUGACAUGCCCGAGGUCAACUCGACAGCGGCGACGUCAGCCACUGACGCGGCCGCCACCCCCAAGGUAACCUCCUCCGACGUGACACAACAUCCAGCAGCGGUGUUGUGCGACCUGCAGUGUCAGUCGUUGGAGGUUCCUCAGGAGUGGUCGGCAUCGCGACAAGUGCUGCCGCCAGCGCUGUCUCUCUUUCUGCAGCUCCAGAUGCUGCUGACAGCCUCCUCGGCGAUUCUUUCGGCAUAUCGGCGUCCAUUGACCUUGAUAGCUGGAGCGCUCAAGAACAAUUCAGCCCUUCCAGCGACCCCCUCAAUUUUGAGUACAAUCAUAUGGCUGGUGACGCGGCCCCCCAAUUCCCCGAAUUCGACUUCGAGCAAUUCCUCAGCGACGACGUCAGCGGCGCCUCCGGCACUGCCGCAGGAAACGGCUCGAUCACCCAAGAGCCCGAAUCCACUUUCAGCUUCUUCGACUCUGAGAAUCAGAUCCCUUCGGAGACUUUUAACCAGCAGCCCCUUCCUGGCGCGUCCUCUCUUGGAUGCGACGAUGGGGUUAUUGCGGUUGGUGUCUGAGGGACGCGAUGACCAGAUCGAGGAGCUGGCAGAUGGAUCCCCGGGUAUCAAGGGAGAUCGUAGCCGUGGCCCGCGUACGUGGCCAGAUGGCACCAGCUUACCGUCGCAAGAGCUAUUGCUCACUUUGAUGUGGGCGAUCAAAGUUCAGGAACGACAAACAGCACAGGAGAACUACCACUCCUCGCCCAGUUCCCGAUCAGGGUCAAGCGUCUUUCACCAUAAACAAACACCAACUGAAUACAACAAUGUACAAAACAUGACAUUAAAAAGGAAACGAUCAAUCAAAGAUCAGGGGGCGGUUCAACGGUUGAGGUUUGGGAGUUCCGGGGUACGGCGUUAGCUGCAGUUUAUGACGACUGCUAUGAUGAACAGACAAAAACCUGUUUGAAAAUACAAUCACGAUGACAAUA